AUGGCGAUGAUGGAUGAUGACGGUGGGGACCGUGCCGGAAAGGGGCCAGUGGUGUCCAUGUGCCAUGGGAAAGACCUGUGCGGCGGUGGCGCCACCGUGGUGGGCGCCGUGAUGGACGACAUGGAGGACAUCGACCUCCACAGCCGCUCGCUCGUGGACGAGUCUCAGCGGUUGGAGCGGGUUUUCAGACGGGGUGUGACAGAUGACAGGCAAGCUGAGGACCGGCGGGAUGCCGGUCGUCACCGGCUGGGGAGCAAGGCUUUGAUUGAAGUGGUUCAUCUCAAGAUCCGGAAGUUCAUGGCUGGCUCCGACUCUUUUGCCUUUGUGAUCUCGACCAAAAGCGAGCAGUUUCUGUUGGUCUUUGGAGAGAACAUCGGUUUCAUGGACUUCUUGGGUUUUGAAUUAGCCAGCCUCUCCUCUCAGUCAGCGACCGACGUGGUGCUGGUGGCAUGGGCAACGGGAGCGCUUUUGUCGCCCGGUGGAAUGGACCGUUUGGAUUCCAUCGGCCAGGUGACCACCAUGAAGUCCUUCGUGGGUAUGGGCAUUCUGAGCCUUGCUGGGUCGUAUCGGGGUGUUUGUUCUUCUCCAGUGGCGUGUAAGGGUAUUGGGAGGUGGCUCCUCGCUUUGGGAGUGCUAGCAGAGACCAGGGAUGUUCCCCAGCAUUCCGCGCCCUUGGACGCCUGCGACACCUGCGAGAGCGAAGGAAAUUUGUUACUGCAAAGCCAGGCCACAGAAGUCCGACGUGGUCGAGGAUCGAUGGAGCUGGAGCUCAAGGCGAUGGCAGGUCAGAAGAUUUGGGAUUGGAAAGACAAGCCGAUGAUGCUUCCAGGCUAUACCAUGGACAUGAAUGGCAGGUCCUGCAGCCUUUGCGGAACCCCCGAUGCUUCAGAGCUUUGGGGGGACUACAAGCAACGCACGGACUGUGGAAACCACAGUAUUCAGGAACAUCCUGACAUUAUCUUCAAACCUUUGAAAGACUUCGUCCAUGGCGACAACAACGCCUGGUGCGAGUUGAACGUGCAGAAGAUGUGCGCAGAUGCUGUCUACAACAAGAAUUACAUGAUCCAAGCCAAGCAAGUGAACACCACAGGCUCACCUGCCUUGCUCUACGAUGCGACGUAUUGCUAUCACAACGGGUGGCUUGGAGCUGAGUAUCGCGCCCUACAGUUCGACUUUGACGCGAUGAAGGCUAAGGCUGACAAGUUUUGUGAGCAGCGCCUCAAGCUAACCAAGAACAUGACCUUGGCCGAUAUGAUGGCGGUUUAUGGCCCGUCCUUCAUGCGGGGAGAGCCCAGCAAGGAGGAUGCGCUCUUCUUGGGCGCCUGGACCUGCGCGAUGGGUGCCUCUGGAUGUGACAUGACGUACUGUGCUUACAGCUAUUGCCAAAAGCCUGACGGGUCCUUUGGUGCCUAUCACGAGUGCGAGGGAUGGGAUCCUGAGAAGGGCAUGCCUGUCAAUUAG